AUGAAUACACUGUGGAAAAUACGAACUACCAUGCAUAGAGCGGGGUUCCACAUUCUUUUCUCUCCUUAUCGUGCGUACGGAUAUCCACAAACUUACGACAACAAAUUUACAUACAACGAAUCCAUUGAAGGGCUCACGGUGGCGGAUGCCAUAGCUGAAAGUGAUGGGCCAACAAUAAAGUCGACAGUAUGGAGUCACGAUGGCUUUCCUGGUGAGGUUUACAGAAGUCUGUUUCCUGAGGCUGGGUUCUUGUUUGCAAAGGUUGUACGCGAAGACAAGUCGAUAGUUUGGAGACGAUAUUCGACAGUAACCGAAGAUGGAAAAAACUACGCUUUAGGUAAUGGCACCUUCGCCCCCAAUCUCAGGGAUGGAACUCAAACGUUUGGUAUCAACAUCUUUCGCACAAUCGGCGGUGGAUAUGGUUGUGCCUUUGUUGUAACGAACCUUAACGUUCAGACUGCAACCACCUCUCAAUGGAGUUUACAAGUUUUGUUCCUCCAUCCAGACACUAACAAAGUCACCAAGCCAAGCAAUGUAUGGACGAGCCCAGCAGAUGUUCAGAUCAGUAAUAACGCGUGUAGCGUAACAUAUGAUGAAAUAACACCAUUUGGCAUUGGAUGGAUGAUUCACACAGUCGUGGUCAAUCAAUUACCCAAAUUUACAACCUAUGAUAUUGACUACCAGAAUCCAAAUAUUGUAACAACAUCGCCUGCCAUUAACGAAGAAAUACCUAUUCGCAAGACCGAUAUAAGCAUCACAUACGACAUGCAAGUAAAACCAAACGCAGGAAACGUCUCCAUAUACGCUACCGAUGACAUGAACAUACUUCUCCGUCAAACAUACUCGCCGGUCUAUUUCUAA